AUGUAUGACGCAGCCAUCAUGCCGAAACGCCUGCGCAAAAUUAAGGUGUUCAUUGCUCGGCCCCCCGACAGUCUGCCCAUAUAUUUCCACGAGAAGCUGAGCAAGGCCAACUCAAACCCUCGAUCCAUCAUCAAGCUCUACCGGCGGUACAUGAAAUUGGAUGAUGAAAUUGACUACAAAUGGCUCGUGCGGUGUUUUUGCCAGUUGGGGAAUGUCUUCGGAUUUAAUUCUUUUUGGGCCCCGCGAGAUAAGCAGCAAAUCCAUUCGCUGCCUUCUUUCAAGUGUCUGGUGUACGACCUCAUCGAAAGAAGAGAACAAAUCCAGUUAGGGUUUGCAGCCGGAAAUGGUGCCGCGCCUGCUGUACGCCAUGGCCGCCCUGGAGUACCGCAGCUACCAUUUGCUGCCAACUCUUCUUGA